AUGUCUGGAUCCCCUCCAGCAAAACCCUCGGAGCCGUCCGCAGAGAUCAAGCCUCGGGGAUAUCCUUCCUCACCCGUCGCGGCUGAGCGGUCUGUAUCUGCAUUAGAAUUAUCACAAGUACCGGUGAAUGAGCCACUGUCACGGUUGGGAUAUAACGAACAGGGACCGAUAUAUGCUGGAUCUCCACUACCAGCACCGCCAUGUCCACCCACCCUAGACCCAACGCAUCCCACAGGUCGCUCACUGGCACAGAAAUCGACCCGACGCACAAAAGCCCAUGUGGCAUCGGCCUGUGUCAAUUGCAAGAAAAAGCACCUUGGAUGUGACCCAGCUCGUCCGUGUCGAAGAUGUGUGCUUGCUGGAAAAGCCUCAACAUGUGUGGACGUCACCCAUAAAAAGCGAGGACGACCCCCGUUGAAAGCAGAGGAUUCGUCUCUCAGGUCCUAUACCACACAAUUGGAUAACCCGACGAUCCCAGCGGAGGCUCAACCAACCAUGCCCCCACGGCGGACCACCAUGCAUCGGGCUACGUCUUCACGAGAAUUACGGCCCAUGACGGAUCUACAGGGAUUGGCAGAUACAAGCUCGGUAGGAGUACGGACACCACAUCGGUGGUCUGCUUCGGUAUUUCCUCUGACACGGCCUAUGGACCCCUCCCCUACGGUCCCGGGAGGUAUGAUUCGACGCCCAUUCUCUUCAUCUGGACCGCCAUCCCAUUCAGUACCGACGCAUUCACAAGUACCUUCACCAUACAUGCCAAUGACAGGCGGGUUCAACCCAACCCUAAAGAUCAACACUAUGUCUGGUGGCAUGGAGCGGCGAUUCCCAACAUACGGCAUCCCAGCAUUACCACCACCAACAUCGCCUCCCCAACAUCAACCGCCGCCAGUUAGUAUACCAUUUCUACCGUAUACGGAGACUCCUGGCAAUCCUAUCCGUCCAACAAACGAUCCCCGAGUAUCGCUAUCACCUCGAGAUCCAUACAACAUCGAAUCACCCGUCCGGCUCCCUCCAAUCCACCAGGCAACAGCCGGGCCACCACCCCCUUCUCACCAUGGCCAUCGCCUCAGCGACCCGUACCCAAUGAAUUGGACUCUCCCAGGCCGAGAAGAAGCCCUUCACGACCCCCGCGCUGUACCUCUCCACAGAUCUGCAGGGCCGGCCUUCAAUUACUCCAUUCCCCACCAACGCUCCUCUUCCAUAACAAGCGCAACCAUGGAUCCCAUACCCCGCCACCUUGGGCCAGUGGAAUUACCAUCCCCGAUUCAGAUAACAUCUGGCAGUUCGCCUUCCAUGACGAGGGCUGAGCCACCUAGCACUGAAGCCGAAGGUCACGACAACAGACCUAUCAAACGGCGCAAGAUGGCUUUGGAUGACAUGGUCAAUGGCUGA